AUGCGUUUUAAAUCUUCACUUAUUCCUGUUGAGGAUUAUUGCAUCUCAUUUAAUCUCCUUUUAUAUGCUCAAUUCAUUCAGCUGAAAACAUCAAUUGAAGCGCGUGAUUUUCCGAUCGUUUGUGUUGCUUGUGAGAAACCAUUCACGUGGUUAGAUUUGGAAGUUCUUGUGCUUGGAGACAUAGAUCGCAAUAAAGAUGAAGACCCUCAAAGGUUGCAGUUAUUAUCAGAUGCAUCUUUGGCUUGUUUCAUUGAACGUCACGAACAUCUCUAUAAACAUUGCCUCACUCCUGAUUGUCGAGGAUUGCAUCAUGUCACAACCGAUGCUGGUUUGGGCCAAUGUAGAUUGUGUGGUCGUAUACAGUGCACUAGAUGUGGAAAGGAGAAACAUGAAUCAAUGACAUGUGAGGAAUACGCAAGGAUAAGAGUAAACGCUGAUGAAUCAGUGAAGAAAUGGAUAAGAGAAGAUCAGACAAGACGACGAAUAUGCCCAAAUGUAAACUGCCAGACUAUCAUUGAAAAGUUCGGAGGAUGCAAUCACAUGCAGUGCUCGCGAUGCAAACAACAUUUUUGCUGGAUUUGCAUGUUUUCUGUGGGUUGUCAUAUGCUCAUAUGUGCUGUAGAAAGCAAAGAAAUUUAUGCUCAUAUGGAUGCAGAGCAUGGUGGAUCAGGUGCCGAUGUGCAUGAAUUGUUGGCGGAAAUGGAAAAUGAUCCUUUUGUUCGUGAAUUUAUUGAGAGAGAACAUCCGGCGCUGUUGUUAGAUCCAAGGUUCAACUUUGGCGAGGAAGCGGAAUUUUGGGUAAUGCCUGAUGAUGCUAAUGAUGAGGCACAAGUACUGAUAGUGAAUGACGAUGAAAACUUUCUCGAAUUCGAGCAAGAAUUGAAUAGAUUUCUUAUUGAAGAAAUAGAUGAGCCAAGUGUUGGCUUCGAAUUUCAUAACGAUUUUGAAGAGGAUGAAGAUGGGGAUGCCAACAUUGUUUGA